GCUCCAGAGGCUCGGUGUGGGUCCAUACCGGGGCCUGUCCUCUCAGCCGCGCGGCGCCGCGGGGGUCACCCGAUGUUUGCGAGUGGGAGCUGCCUCUGCAGGGAUCCCCGGGGUUUGGGGUGCCCUGGAAGCUUCUUUCACGGGCAAGGAGCGCUGUGUGCGUGGUUCUAGAGGCCGAGAGACACCCCACCUGCCCUCUGAAUAGCACAAUGUUUGUGCUUUGGUGCAUUAGCAAUGCCUCGGUCAGCCCUCGGAUUUGGAGCGAGGCGUUGAGACCCACCAGCAAAUUGAGAAGCACGAGGCUGCAAGAUGUCGGGGCGGAGCGGGAAGAAGAAAAUGUCCAAGCUGUCCCGCUCGAGCAGGGCUGGGGUGAUUUUCCCCGUGGGGAGGAUGAUGCGCUACCUGAAGAAAGGCACCUACAAGUACCGCAUCGGGGUGGGAGCGCCGGUGUACAUGGCGGCUGUCAUCGAGUACCUGGCAGCCGAAAUCUUGGAGCUGGCAGGAAAUGCGGCGCGGGACAACAAGAAAGGAAGGAUUGCCCCCAGACACAUCCUCCUGGCAGUUGCAAAUGAUGAGGAACUGAAUCAGUUGCUCAAAGGUGUGACUAUUGCAAGUGGAGGCGUCCUGCCUAGAAUUCAGCCUGAGCUUCUGGCUAAGAAACGGGGUGCCAAAGGCAAAGCUGAGACCAUCCUUUCCCCUGCUCCUGAGAAGAAAGGGAGAAAAUCCAUGGUGAACAAAAAGAGUGGGAAAAAGGCAAAGUCUACCAAGGCCCGGACGUCUAAAAAGAACAAACAAAAGGACAAUGAAAAAGAAGGAGCUUCAAAUUCAACAACUGAAGAUGGACCUGGGGAUGGUUUCACUAUCUUGUCCUCCAAGAGCCUUGUGCCAGGACAAAAGCUUUCUCUGACACAGAGUGACAUCAGCCAUAUUGGCUCCAUGAAAGUAGAAGGCAUUGUUCACCCUACAACUGCUGAAAUCGACCUCAAGGAGGAAAUAGGCAAGGCACUGGAAAAGGCUGGAGGCAAAGAGUUCUUGGAAACAGUGAAAGAGCUUCGCAAAUCUCAAGGACCUUUGGAAGUUGCUGAAGCUGCACUCACUCAGUCUAGCGGCCUAGCAGCAAAGUUUGUCAUCCACUGUCACAUCCCACAGUGGGGCUCGGACAAGUGUGAAGAGCAGCUCGAGGAGACUGUCAAGAACUGCUUAACUGCUGCAGAAGACAAGAAGUUGAAGUCUGUGGCUUUCCCCCCGUUUCCCAGCGGCAGAAACUGCUUCCCAAAACAGACGGCAGCCCAGGUGACCCUCAGAGCUAUUUCCACCCAUUUCGACGGCACCAGCUCUUCCUCCUUGAAGAACAUUUACUUUCUGCUCUUCGACAGUGAAAGCAUUGGCAUCUACGUGCAAGAAAUGGCCAAGCUAGACACUAAGUAGCAAUGGCAGCCAAAUGAAACUUUAUUUUUCAACAAACUUGAGUAGCAUUAAAGGCAUUAGAGGUGGGUUUUAUUUUUUCAAUGUGACGAUGAGGGGGAGUGGUAGUAGUGUGAUGUGUUGUGACUUGAUGGAGAGCUGUGAUUAGAGAUGAGAGGGGUUUAGUCCGGUUUCCUCAUGCCAUUUUUAUCACCUUAAACAACUGAGUUACCAUCUGGCUUCAGGAGUUUAGUGUCCUUUGUUACUUUAGUUUAGAAGUUUUUAAAGAGUAACCUCAUUAUAGAUUUGUAGUGAUGAUUUCUUCUCACAUGCACACACACACCACUUUCAAGAAAGCUCUUUAAAAUGUUCUCCUUUUUCCCCUCCCUUAAGGGUAUAUGGUAAACUUCUGUCUUCAGCCCACAGAGAGGUGAAAAGGGUUUUAGAAGUGGUGCAUGAGGAGCUUCUGUUUUGCUUUUAACUCACAAUAACCUCUGUAAUUACUGAGAAUAUUUCAUGGUGAUUUUGUUUGUUUUAUAAGAAAAAAAGA